AUGGUUCGCUCGCGCGACGAGAAGCAGGCUUACUUUGCCAAGCUCAAGGACUACAUCGAGACUUACCCCUCGAUCUUCGUGGUCAACGUCGACAAUGUCGGCUCGAACCAGAUGCACCAGAUCAGGCAGGCUGUCCGCGGCAAGGGCACGAUCCUGAUGGGCAAGAACACGAUGGUCCGCCGCGCGAUCCGCCUCAUCCUCGCCGACCACCCCGACUUUGAGCGCUUCCUCCCGCUCGUCAAGGGCAACGUCGGCUUCGUCUUCACCUCGGCCGACCUCAAGGAGAUCCGCGACGUCAUCGUCUCGAACAAGGUCGCCGCCCCGGCCAAGGCUGGAGCGUUCGCGCCCAACGACAUCUACGUCCCGGCCGGCAACACGGGAAUGGAGCCGGGCAAGACCUCGUUCUUCCAGGCGCUCAACAUCCCGACCAAGAUUGCCCGCGGAACGAUCGAAAUCGUCUCGGACGUCCACCUCGUCGUCGCCGGCGCCCGCGUCGACGCUUCGCAGGCCACCCUCCUCAACAUGCUCGGCAUCUCGCCGUUCACCUACGGAAUGAAGAUCAUCCAGAUCUUCUCGGACGGACAGCUCUUCCCCGAGUCGGUUCUCGACGUCUCGGACGACGAGCUCCUCAAGCGCUUCAUGUCGGGCGUCACCGCCGUCGCCGCCAUCUCGCUCGCGCUCAACUACCCGACUCUCGCCUCGGUCACCCACUCGCUCGUCAACUCGUACAAGAACCUCCUCGCCAUCGCCGUCGAGACCGAGGUCUCGUUCCCCGAGGCCGAGGCCAUCAAGGAUCGUCUGGCCAACCCCGACGCGUACGCCGCGGCUGCUCCCGUCGCCGCCGCUGGUGGCGCCGCCGACACCUCGAAGGCUAGCGAGGAGAAGGCCCCGGCAGAGGAGGAGGAGAGUGACGACGACAUGGGCUUCGGUCUCUUCGACUAA